AUGCCUUAUUCUCACUCCCUCUCUCGUCACCUUCCUCACCUCCCCUUUCACCUCUCCUCUUACCUCCCCCCUCACCUCCCCUCAUGUCCCCUCACCCUCCCUCCACCCCCCUUCACCUCCCUUCCCCCUCCUCCCGUCCCCUCCUCCCUUCACCUCCCUUCCUCCCCUCCCCUGCCCUCCUCCCUUCACCUCCCUUCCUCCCCUCAUCUCCCCUCACAUCCCCUCCUCCUCUCACCUCCCCUCUCCCACUCACCUCCCCUUACCUCCCCUCAUCUCCUCACCUCCUCUCACCCCCUCAUCCCCCUUCCUCCGCUCACCUCCCUUCCUCCCUUGCCACACCUUCUUUUCCUUGAUCAGAAGUUGAGGCAGCGGAGCCGCGGUGGCGGACUCAAAGACAGCGCCCGCGGAGUCUUUGUUGGCGGAAGGUUUCGCAUGCAUUUUCUUCACCCGCUGACUCGCCAAGUGUAA